ACUACAUGUUGUAAUCAGUGCCGCUUUGGUAAACAAGGCCGGUGUCGUCAUCUGUUGCUGUAAACCGGUGCUUUUGUUAUCUGGGGUAGUGUUAACAUGAUGUUAGUCUGGCAAGAUGGUUGUUGACCUGGUUUUAAAUGAGAUGACCGAAGGAGCUUCUAACAACAGAGGGUGCUUGUUAACCUUGUUAGCUACAGUUUAUCUCACCUACUAACGUUUGAUCUGUCUAUAGCAGGUUAGCAGCAAGCUAGCGGGCCGUUGUUAGCCAGGACCCAGACAAGCAGCAGCAUCAUCAUCAAUGGUGUGUCUACAUCCCAGAGCCGUCACAUCUUCCCGUGUCCGCUCAAUGAACUAUCACUUCAGCUCACAUCACAACCGCACAUGUAUGGCGUUUGCGAGGCUUGGAGGGGAGUUUUGCCAAGCCCAGCACCUGCUGCUUAUUGUGGACAAGUGAACAGGACACACCAGCUAGGCCCAAACACUGCCAUCCACACAUACAGGCCCUAACUGCCACUCUGUCCGACCCCUAUGAAGACGAGCCAUCCUUCAGUGUACCGACUAUCCUGGGGAGCAGUGGAGGCUUUGGUUUUCCCCCGGGAGUCUCUCUCUCAUCACCUUUCUUCCCCUCUUCUGCUCUGCCUUUCAUUGUUUGCCCUGACCACUUCAAGUCUUCUCUGAAUGGGCUAACAGAUUGGAAACAAGGAAAGAAAGAAAUACACACACCGUCUCCAUCUUUUUUUGCUUCCUCAACAUUGGGUGUCCUCUCCUCUGUCUUCUCAAUCCUAACCUGGUCUCAGACUGUUAAUUUUUUUUUCAUUUAUUUUGAUUUGAUUUUGAUUUUUUUCUUCCUUUUUUGUUAUUGCCAAAUAGUUUGAAAUUAAACCUUUUUUAAAUUUUUGUCCCAUGAUAACCUUUUUUUGUUCAAAAAACUUGGAAAGAAUUCAGAAGACUGUUUGAAAGAAUUUAUUUGAAAAAAAAAAAAAUCCCCUUAAACAAGACUUACUAAAUUUUUAAAAAAUUGAAGUUAUUCCUCUGGUCAGAACAGUUUCUUUGAAUAAUCAGAGGACUUUCAAUUUGACGACUUUGAAGUCCCAGUGCUUUAUCACUUAACCAUUCAUUUUUUAUCCUUGAGAACUUUUUUUGACUUCUUAGAAGCCCAGUGUCUUUCUGCUCUUUUCUUCUGGCAACUGUUUUUUGAGUCUCACAAUGAACCGGCCGGCUCCAGUGGAGAUCUCCUACGACUGUCUGAGAUUCCUCAUCACGCACAACCCCACCAACGCACAACUGGGAAGGUUUAUAGAGGAUCUGAAGGCAUAUGGAGUGCAUACCUUGGUGAGAGUGUGUGCUGCUACAUAUGAUAAGACACCAGUGGAGCAGGAAGGCAUUCAUGUCCUGGACUGGCCAUUUGAUGAUGGCUCCGCCCCCCCUGACCAGGUUGUUGAGGAUUGGCUGAACCUGCUACAGACCAAAUUUAGGGAGGAGCCUGGAUGCUGUGUGGCUGUACACUGUGUUGCUGGACUGGGACGAGCUCCUGUGUUAGUGGCCCUGGCUCUGAUUGAGUGUGGUAUGGAGUAUGAGGAUGCUGUGCACUUCAUAAGACUGAAGCGUCGUGGAGCGUUCAACUCCAAGCAGCUGCUCUACCUGGAAAACUACAAGCCCAAGCUGUGUUUGCGCUCGAAGGACGCCAACGGACAGAGCUGCUGUGUGCAGUAGAGAUCUACACCGCUAACACAGGUUCUCUCCAGCUUUUUACAGGUUCAUCUUUUGACAUUUAAUAGAAAGUUGACAUGUUUGAGUAAAAUGUUACGCUUACCUCAGAGCCCAUGAAACUCAUUCACAACAAUGUCUGUCAUUUCAAAAAUACAUGGAAGCAGUUCAAAGUGAGGGCAGGUUUGAAUGAGCUUCACAGGCAAUUGAUUCAGCACACAGAGGACAGUGAUACCGUUUGAAUUCAUGUCAAAAAAUGAGCCUCUAAAAGUGUAACAGCAUGGAAGAUAUUCUUGUUUCUGCUGCUUGUUCUGCAAGCUCAUACUGCCCUUUUAAACAGCAGGUAGCAGGGAUACACAAACACUUAGCACAUUAAAGGAAACUCCACAAUGAAAAAUAAUUCAUAUUAUUGUCAGUGCCACUGUGAAAUAAAGCUCAUUAUAAGGAAAAAGCUCAACCAUACUUAAUCCAAAAAGUUACAAUCUGGAUUCAGCCUUGUUAUUGCUAACCUUGCUCCUAUGUUUUCCAGCAUUGGGAUUGAGAUUGGGCAUUGUAAGAUAAAUUGCUGUCAUGGAUUCUCUUUUGAUAGUGGUUUUACAUUUCCCCUGCAUAUUGUCCACAUCAGUAGUGUGUGUUUGAUUGAUUCAUUUCUGUGGUUUUGAGCUGGUAUGAAAUGUAAUAAAAUGCUGAAAUUGCAUAAUAGAUAGAUGGCAGUAUGUGCUUUCAGAGGCUUGCUGGUUUUCACUCAUCAGCCCCCAUAUUGAUUUAUCCUGAUCUGCUGAUCACAAUCUCUCCCCACUGACCAAUAUCCCACAGCCAAAAUAAGUUGCUCUUUCUGCUGCUGUUAUGGCACCAAUGAUAAAACUACACUCAAAAGUACAAAAGAAAACUAUAAAAUAUUGUGUUUAAAGAAAAAAUAAUUUAAAAGUCAGUUUAAUCAGUCAGUUUGGUGCAAAUGUUGAGUAUGCUGUAUUAAACAAGACUGCAAUCUACCUACCUAUGUACCAAGCCAGAGCCAGGGAUGGACAGAGUCAGGCUGCUGGGCUGUAAACAUGAAACACUGUUCUCUAACAUCACUACCGUGAGGCAGCCAAUCACCUGGUACAUAUAUUCAGUUGCUUACAGCAGAAUUGAAAUUUGAUAGAGUUGUGGAUUGUAUAGUUACUUGGUUGUGAUAUGAGUCCACAUAUUGGUGGUGGUGAAAAAUCCUCAUUAGUUGCUCCAUUCAUGUAAUGCUCUCCUGGACCACUAAUCUCCAAGUCCAGAAUACUGUAUUUAGAUAGACAGAAUAGAUAGAAUAUACUUUAUUGUCCCCUGGGGGAAAUUUGUCAUGGACUCAAGUGCAUAGUAGUAGCUGCCUUGCAGACAAUAUAUAUACAUAAAAUACAAAUGGCAGCUAGAGACAUACACGUACAUACACACUCAUGACACAUCCAAUAGAAGAUUAAAAAGGAAAACAAACAGAACACCAAGUUAUUCCACAGUUUCCAGGCCUCAGCGUGCAUAGCCUCAAGAGCUAUUUAAAAGUUUGAUGGAGGUGGGUACAAAAGAGUAUUUAAAGUUCAAUAUACAUUUUGGGACUCUGUACCUUCUGCCGGAAGGCAAGAGCUCAUAUUCUGCUUGAAGGAUGUGUGACUGGUCCGACAAUACCCUCCGCGCCUGCCUGAGUACAGACUGCUCAUGGAUGGAGUGAAGGGAGAGCUUCUCAGUCCUCCCCAUCACCUUCAUAGCAGUCUAUACCAGGCACUGCAACUUAGAUUUGGACUGUGCGGAGAGAUUGCCGAACCACGCCGUCAUCCCAUACCUAAUAACACUCUCUAUCACUGCCUGAUAAAAUAAAAACAUGAUGUUCUGGCUGACCCCAAACACAAACAGCCUACGUAAAAAAAAUACAGCCUUUGCUGUAAACGAGAACAUACAAAAUCAACAUGAUCACUCCAUCUGAAGAGGUUAUCCAGGUGGAUGCCCAGAUAAUAUACCUAUAAGAUGUGACCUGUUUGAUCUCCUCCCUGUGUAUGGACAGUGGAGUAUGAUCCCCCACCAACCGAGGGUCCAACACCAUCUCUUCAGUUUUUUUAGUGUUAAUGAUGAGAUAGUUCGCCUCACACCAUUGAACAAAUUUGUUGACCUCCGUGAAGUACAGCGACGGGUCUGAGUUCUGGUGAAGCAGGCUGAGAAUGGCAGGCCAGGGGAGCAUGGUGCAACAUAUUUCACUACCAUGUGGACUCGCACAACACACAGGUAACUACACAGGCCAGUACUCUACAAAACCUCAAUAUUGCUUUAAAUGAAUACACUAUUUUGGUUGGUUAGCUUAGCCAUGAUGAGAACAUAGACACCAAAGUCAUCUAUGCCUCCCUGCUGGCUUGUCGGGCCUGUUGCUGUAGCUGUGUCGACUACAGUGUUAAGGUGAAGCCCACAGCCACUCAUCAUAGUGAAGUCGUGUGUUAACUGAUGUAGGACUUGUGGAGAGCUUUGUGUUUAUGCUCUCAUCACCUAACAGGUAAGCUGACCAACAGGACUGUCUUUAAAAAACUAAGUUGUUUUAACACCAACCACACACCAAGACUGUGGAGCCAACAUGGCUACCACUGGAAACCACAGCGGCUAAAACUCUUUGUCUAUCUCUGGCUCUGCAGCUACCUGUCUGUCUGGUCAGCUGCUGUGUUUGUAAGCUACUGUUGUCUUUGUGAUUUAUUAUUUUUCUGUAGGGUUUAUUUUCUAUCCUGUACCUUUUUAUCUAUUUGUACUCCCUAUUUAUUUAUUUAUUUAUUUAUUUAUUUAUUGGUUGGUACUACUGUAUUUCUUUGUGAAAUGUCUGUCUGCCGGAAAAAGCUGGUUGUGUCUUCAUGGAAAAUAAAAGUUCACAUGUUUAAUAUUGUA